AUGGGAACCAACAGAUACCAAUGGGUCAGUUUGAACGUGGAUUGUGAGACAAUGGUGCAAAUUAUUGAAAACUCGGAACCUAAUCGAAUCGCCGAUUUUUUUAAAGAUAAAACCAUUCUGAUUACGGGAGGGAGUGGAUUUUUAGGGAAGGUUUUGAUCGAAAAGUUGUUGAGGAGUUGUACGGAUUUGAGGAGGAUUUACGUCUUGAUAAGGGCCAAAAAUGGAAAAAAUAUACACGACAGGCUGCAAGACAUUUUCAGCGGACCAUUAUUCGAGAUGCUCAAAAAACAGCACGGCAAGAUCGUCCUCGAAAAAGUCGAACCCAUUUCGGGCGACAUUAGCGCCCCCGACUUGGGUUUGAGUCCCGACGACCGCCUAAAACUAGUUCAAGAGACCGAAAUCAUCUACCAUUCGGCCGCAACCGUUCAAUUCGACGAACCAUUCAAAAAAACGGUUUUAUUAAACGUUCGAGGCACUCGUCUUAUGCUCACACUGGCGAAAGAAUGCAAAAAAUUGAUCGUUUUUUGUCACGUAUCCACAGCCUACUGUCAAGAAACGCAAGAAGUACUCAACGAGAAGACCUACCCCCCUCCUUGUGACCCCCACCGAAUCAUUGACAUGUGCGAAUGGAUGAAUGAAGACACUUUGGAUACAAUCGCACAAAAGAUGAGGGGGGCCAGUGCCAAUAACUAUACCUUUACUAAAGCCUUGGGUGAAGGCUUAGUGACGGAACAAAUGGACACUCUCCCUGUAAUCAUCCAAAGGCCCGCGGCUGUGGUUCCAAUUUGGAAGGAACCAGUUCCUGGCUGGACCGAUAACAUAAAUGGUCCCACAGGACUCUUGAUUGGUGCCGGGAAAGGCGUGAUAAGAACCAUGUAUGGCCGUAGCGAUUACUUUGCCGAUUAUGUAGCUGUUGAUAUUAUCGCUAAUGGUUUGAUCGUUACAGCUUACGAUUACGUCACAUACAGAGUCCGCCGUGUGUAUAACAUGACCUCCUCCGACGAGCAUUUAGUCACAUUUCAGGAUAUAAUCGAAAUGGGCCAAAAUAUCAUCAACACCAAAGUGGCCUUCGAUUGGGUCUUGUGGUACCCUGGUGGUGGUAUCACCAAUUCCCGUCUUUGGCACAACAUCCGAUUUUACUUUUUCCAAUUGCUUCCGGCCAUUUUCGUCGACAUAAUUCUCAUGUUGAUCGGAUUUCGACCAUUCCUCACACGAAUCCAAAGAAAAAUCAAACGCGGGUAUCAAAUUUUCGAGUAUUAUUCGAAUCGCCGUUGGGAUUUCCGAAAAGAAAGCGCUGACGUCAUCAGGAAGUGGAUGAACGAAACGGAACGAAAAGUGUUCAAAGUGGACGACGAAGGGCUGAAUUAUUACGAUUAUUUCGUUUCAUGCACUCUAGGGGCGCGGAGGUAUAUCAGAAAUGAGAAAGAUGAGAAUAUACCAAAUGCCCUGAGACGGAUCAAAAUGAUGUGGUUCGUCGACAAGAUGUGCAAAAUUUUAAUCGUCGUUGGAUUUUUUUAUUACCUAAUUAAAAAAAUUUCAGGAAUUUUUGGUAUUUGAUGGGAAUAGUCUAGAUACGGGGUUAUUCAAUUCAAUUGUUAGUCUUUUUCUAGUGCAUUGCUAUUUAUUUUAUUGUUUUUGUUCAAUAUUUGGUCGUUUUCAGACCAUUUUAUUAUUUUUUAGCGUUUAUGAUUAGAAGAUAAUUUGUAUUUAAGUAACAACUGUAUCGCCUUAUCAAUAAAUUGAUAUAAAAAC